AUGUUGCCCAGAGACAAGCAACGUCGCACAACGCACUACAACUCGUCGCUUGAGAAGGCUAUGAGCCACUCGGAGGCAAAGCAGUUCUACCAACGACAACGCGCCGAGAUGCUCGAGAGCCCGACCUUGACCAAGACGCGCACUCUGAGCUCAAACGUCGCCACCGAUGCUACUGCAACCUCUCCGCUCAACCCUUUGAGAGCCAGCAAGAGCAACACCAGCCUGCAAGCAAACGAUGCCACCUACAAGUCUGCCCUGUCUGUUGGCGUGGCCACUCCUGCGAAACCUCCCACAAGCGCCGACGUUCAAACUCCCGCCCUCGGCCACGUAGAUGCUGUCCGCAGCCUUGCUGCCCACCAGAAUGACGCGCCUUCGCCCUUGAUGCAAGCCGACCGAGAUGCUCGUGCUCACCAGAAUCACCCCAACUUGCCUCACGAGCAGAAACCUUUCCUUGAGCAACAAGGUCUACACGGUGCAGGAGCUGGUGUUGGCUUGGGAAGCGGCUCGGGAGGCUUCGCUGUCGACGACUCAAAGGUCACGGCCGAAUUGACGUCCAUCUACAGCAACAUCCAGAAGGUGCUGGACCUCAGACACAAGUACAUGCGCCUGUCUCUCCAAGGUGCCACAGACAAUCCAAAAGAUGAGCCUGGCUGGACCAUAUACCCUCCUCAUCCUGACCCUUCGUGGCAAGAUUACGAGUCCAACAUGACCGAGAGCCAGCAUCUCAAGACGCCUCGCAGAAGACCUCGCAAGAUGGGUCAGAAUAUCGGUGAGGACUUUGAGCUUGACGACCUGAUGCCUUUGCCUGGUCCUGGAGAAAUGGCCUUUCGUCUUGAUCCAAACGGCGUCUACCAAGUCUAUGAGAACAACAAAGCCGCCGAGCUCGACACCCCUAUCGUUCACAUUCCUACCAUUCGCGAGUUCUACAUGGACCUUGAUGCCAUCUUGACUGUAUCAUCGGACGGUCCCAGCAAGAGUUUUGCUUUCCGCCGUUUGCAAUAUCUCGAAGGCAAGUUCAACUUGUAUAUUCUGCUCAAUGAGUAUCAGGAGAUUGCAGACACGAAAGCUGUGCCUCACAGGGACUUCUACAAUGUCCGAAAGGUCGACACUCACGUCCAUCACUCGGCUUGUAUGAACCAGAAGCAUUUGCUGCGCUUCAUCAAAAGCAAGAUGAAGAAGAGCCCUAAUGAGGUUGUCUUGUACCGUGACGGCAAGCACCUGACUCUACGAGAAGUCUUCGAGAGUAUCAACCUAACUGCAUAUGAUUUAUCCAUCGACACACUCGAUAUGCAUGCUCACACCGAUUCGUUUCAUCGUUUUGACAAGUUCAACCUCAAGUAUAAUCCUGUAGGCGAAUCACGUCUUCGUACCAUCUUCCUCAAAACAGACAACUACAUCCACGGUAGAUACUUGGCCGAGAUCACCAAGGAAGUCAUUGCCGAUCUCGAGGCAAGCAAGUAUCAAAUGGUAGAAUGGCGCAUCUCCAUCUAUGGUCGUGACCUUGAAGAGUGGGACAAGUUAGCGGCAUGGGUUGUAGACAACAAGUUGUACUCCCCCAACGUACGAUGGCUGAUCCAGAUCCCUCGUCUCUACGAUGUCUACAAGAGCUCCAACUUGAUGGAGAACUUCGAGCAGGUCAUCCAAAACGUCUUCCAGCCUCUUUUCGAGGUCACACAAGACCCUACCUCACAUCCUAAGUUGCAUAUAUUCCUCCAGCGCGUCAUCGGCUUUGACUCUGUCGAUGACGAGAGUAAGACAGAGCGUAGAAUCUAUCGCAAGUUUCCCUUGCCGAAGGAGUGGAGCACAGGACAAAAUCCACCUUACUCGUACUGGAUCUACUAUUUAUUCGCAAACAUCUCUUCGCUCAACGUCUGGCGCAAGCAGCGUGGCUUCAGCACCUUCCUCCUCCGACCUCAUUGUGGUGAAGCUGGCGAUACGGAUCAUCUUGCUGCUGCUGUUUUGUGCUGUCACAGUAUUUCGCACGGUCUCUUGCUGCGCAAAGUCCCGUUGCUGCAAUACAUCUUCUACCUCGAGCAAAUUGGUGUUGCCAUGUCACCCUUGUCGAACAACGCGUUGUUCCUUGCUUACGAGCGCAAUCCUUUCCUUCUGUACUUCCGCCGCGGCUUGAAUGUUUCGCUGUCCACCGACGACCCCCUGCAAUUCGCCUUCACUAAGGAACCUCUCAUCGAAGAGUAUGCGGUGGCUGCUCAGAUUUACAAGCUUAGCGCAGUUGACAUGUGCGAGCUCGCGAAACAUUCAGUAAUUCAAAGUGGAUUUGAACAUUCAGUCAAGCAACGCUGGCUUGGUCACAACUACUCCCUGCCUGGAGUUGCUGGAAACGACAUGGCAAAGGUCAAUGUGCCGAAUAUUCGCGAGGCGUUCCGUCACGAGACUUGGUUGCAAGAACUUGCCAUGUAUGCUAAUCUCCCAAAUGGCAGAAACUCACCGACGUUUACUGAUUUCCCGCUCUAG